UUUACACUAUGUGUGUUGAAGGCAUUAGUGCAUGUUAGUACAGCAUUCGCACCCGUGAAUGAACCAUUUGUAGAUGAAAAAGUUUAUCCACCAGUAGCUGAUUGGCGGAAGAUGAUCGAAGUGGCCGAAUUAUUGGACAAGCAUACUUUAAAUGUUUUUACGGCUAAAUGUUUAGAUUAUACACCCAACACAUAUAUUUUUUCAAAAAACCUUGCGGAGAGUAUAAUACAAGAUUAUUCGUCUUCUUUACCUUGCGCAAUUAUAAGACCUUCCUCCGGUACGUAGCCUUUAUUUUGUUUAU